AUGGAAUCAGCUGAGGUCAAAUGGGUACAGAAUUCUGGUCCUGCAAACCCACAGGAUGUGAAGACAGAAGAUUGUACAACUUUAGACGAGAAAACAUCAAUCACUGGAAACCAUGUCACUCCUGUGGACCAACAGAACAAACAUUUCCAGGAAAACCUUGAAUCCAACUGCGUGAAAGAAGAGACGCUGGAGCUGAAUACUUAUAAUCAAGGAGACCUGAAUAUUGUCUGUAUUAAGGAAGAAGAACCCGAUGAUGAAGACUACCUCUACUGUGAGGAGUGCAAAUCCUAUUUCAUCAAUAAAUGUGAGGUUCAUGGUCCUGCUCUCUUUAUAUCCGAUACCCUUGUUCCCAUGGGGGUGGCCAACCGAGCAAGAAAAACCCUUCCUCCUGGUCUAGAAGUUCAGACGUCGACUAUUCCUGAUGCAGGCCUGGGAGUGUUUAAUAAGGGAGAGACUCCAGUUCAAGUUGGUGCACAUUUUGGACCCUACCAGGGAGAGCUGGUAGACAGAGAAGAAGCCAUGAAUAGUGGUUACUCCUGGAUGAUAUGCAAGAGCAGCCAAUGUGUAAAGUACAUAGAUGCCACGCAAGAGCUACAUGCUAACUGGAUGAGGUAUAUUAAUUGCACUCGUAAUGAUGAAGAGCAGAAUCUUGUGGCGUUCCAGUAUCAAGGAAGGAUUUUCUACCGUUGCUGUCGACCCAUCAGAACAGGACAGGAGCUCUUGGUGUGGUACAAUGAAGACUAUGCUAAAGAUCUCGGCUUUACAUUCGACUACCUCUGGCAUAAAAAGUGCUCUGCAAAUGGAAAGAACAGUGACCUGUUACAAGUUUUCUCCUGCUCAUUGUGUCCACUUUCCUUUACAUCUCAAAUUUACCUUCACAGACACAUUAAGAGAUGCCACUAUGAGGAGUAUGUGAGACUCUUGAAUUUAGGAGAGAUUAAUUAUGAUGAUCUGAAGCUUGCCAGAAGUUCCAAUAGUUUGCUGACAUCUCCUGGUACUCCUCAUCCCAAUGCCUCGAACAAUCAAAUACAGAAAAAGAAUUACCAGUGUCCAGACUGUGGAAAGACUUUUUCUCACCAUAGUCAUCUCAAGGUCCACCUGCGCAUUCACACCGGAGAAAAACCAUAUAACUGCUUACAGUGUGAUAAAAGUUUUAGUGCACGAGGCACUCUUAAAAUCCACGAGCGUGUUCACACAGGAGAGAAGCCGUACGAGUGCUCUCAGUGUGGAAAGAAGUUUUCUCAUAAGAGUCCCCUCCAAACUCACAUGCGUAUCCACACCGGAGAAAAGCCGUAUCACUGCGUGCAGUGUGGGAAGAGUUUUACCUAUCAGAAUACCCUCCAGCACCACCAACGUCUUCACACAGGAGAAAAGCCGUAUCGCUGCUCACAAUGCGGGAAGGGUUUUGUGCAACAGAAUAACCUUCAAGCACACCAGCGCGUUCACACUGGAGAGAAGCCGUAUCGCUGCCCGCAGUGUGGCAAGAGUUUUGCGUAUCACAGUAAUUUUCAAACACAUCAGCGCGUUCACACAGGAGAAAAGCAGUACCGCUGCUUGCAAUGCGGGAAGAGUUUUAGUCGUGAAAAUACUCUCCAAAGGCACCAGCGCAUUCACACUGGAGAGAAGCCGUAUCACUGCUCAGAGUGCGGAAAGAGUUUUACUCAUCAGAACAGUCUCCAAACACACCAGCGCACUCACACAGGAGAGAAGCCGUAUCAGUGCUCGCAGUGUGAAAAGAGUUUUGCACAGCUGGGUAAUCUUCAAUCACACCAGCGCAUUCAUACAGGAGAGAAACCGUAUCGCUGCUUACAGUGUAAAAAGAGUUUCACCCGGGAAAGCAGUCUUCAGCGACACCAGCGCAUUCAUACUGGAGAGAAGCCGUAUUAUUGCUCACAGUGUGGAUGGAGCUUUUCUUAUUUAAGUACAUUUAAGAAUCACAAGUGCACUAACAGGGAACCAUCUGAUGUACAUUUGUCCAACCAAAAAACAAGGACAUGAAAUAUAAAACCUCACACUUUUUAUUCAAAUAAACCAUGUCACCAAAAUGCUGUGUUAAAUAAAACAGACAGACCAGCGUUUUAGAACCUGUAUUCACUCAGUCAGUUCUGGAUUCCACUCCCACUCCUGAUUGAGCAUAUUAACAAUCAUAAAGCUCUUCGUAAGCUGUAUCAGGUGUGCUAGGGUGCAGGGAAAGCUUGUUGUGCAGUGCACCCCAGCAUGGGCAUUAGAAGUAUUGAAGUUUGGUUUUGGCAAGCAAGCAACCUUGGCAGGUUUGAAUGUUAAGUAUGUUUGUUGCUACUUGCAUCUUUAAAAAGACUUUUGUUUAAAACGACCUAGGGCUGGGCAGUAUGACCAAAAAUUUGUAUCACAGUAUUUUUUUAAAUUCUGACAGUUUCACGGUAUAUAUAUUUUUUGUAUGACUGGUAUUUGUGGCUUAUUCUACUGUCAUAAGUACAUAGAAUAUACAUCAUUUUAAUUUCACCAUGUAUGUAAUGAAGGUCUUGAGUACUAUAAGGUUUGCUUGGCCCCACAAAAUGACAUGAAUGGAAUCAGUAUGUGAAACAGUUGCAGUAAAUACAGUUUUUAUUGUUUAUUUAAUAUUUAAGUAUUGUACAAUUACCCUUAGCUCUCCCUUUAAC